AUGGAUGUGGCCGAGAGCCCUGACCGGGGCCCACACUCUCCAGAGGACGACAAGCAGCAGCAGGGGCUCUCAGAUGACGACAUCCUGAGAGAGAGCAGCUCUGAGCAGGAGCUGGAUGGAGCUGCGGGGAGGGCGUCCGACCUGGACGACGAGUCUGACCUCCACACCACCCAGGGACUGAGCCAGGGAGAGGACGAGCGCUCUGACGAGGAGGGCCCAGCCAGUGGGCCUCAUUCUCAGGACCCGGACUCAGAGGCCCAUGAGCUGAGCAGGGGCCCCAUGAGCCCCCUGUGUGAGGAGGAAGGAGCCAGGGGCAAGGAGGAGCGCACCAGUGACAACGGGGAUGAGGCAUCCUCUGUCACCCGGGAGCUGGAUGAGCACGAGCUGGACUAUGAUGAGGAGGUCCCUGAGGAACCCACGCCUGCCGCCCAGGAGGACGCAGCUGAGCGAGCAGGGGCCGAGGGGAGCGAGGAGAAGGGGGAAGGGGCCCGGGAGGAGGAGGACCCCUCCCCAGACGCUGUGAAGGAGAAGAAGAAAGAGGACGAUGAUGGGGAGAUCGAUGACGGGGAGAUUGACGAUGAUGACCUUGAAGAAGGCGAGGUUAAGGACCCCAGUGACAGGAAGGUGAGGCCUCGCCCUACCUGCCGCUUCUUCAUGAAAGGAAACUGUACCUGGGGCAUGAACUGCAGGUUCAUCCAUCCUGGCGUCAACGACAAGGGCAACUACUCCCUCAUCACCAAAGCCGAGCCCUUCCCACCCAACGGCGCCCCGCCGCUCGGCCCCCACCCGCUGAUGCCCGCCAAUCCCUGGGGGGGCCCAGUAGUCGACGAGAUUCUGCCUCCACCACCUCCCGAGCCCCCGACAGAGAGUGCGUGGGAGCGAGGACUCCGGCACGCCAAGGAGGUUUUGAAAAAAGCCACCAUCCGGAAGGAGCAGGAGCCUGACUUUGAAGAGAAGAGGCUCACUGUGACCAUCGGCGAGGACGAGCGCGAGUUCGACAAGGAAAACGAGGUGUUCCGAGACUGGAACUACCGGAUCACCAGGGACGUCCGAGAUACAGCACUUGAGCCUUACGCAGACCCGUACUAUGACUAUGAAAUCGAGCGGUUCUGGCGUGGCGGCCAGUACGAGAACUUCAGGGUGCAGUACACAGAGACAGAUCCGUACUCCAACUACCGGGACCGGGACCGCGAGCGAGAGCGGGAGAACCGGCAGCGGGAGCGGGACCGUGAGCGGGAGCGAGACCGAGAGCGGGAGCGGCGGCAGCGGGAACGCGAGCGGGAGCGGGAGCGGGACAAGGAGCGGCAGCGGCGGAAGGAGGAGUGGGAGCGGGAGCGGGCCAAGCGCGAUGAGAAGGACCGGCAGCACCGGGAGCGUGACAAGGACAAGGUCAAGCCCCGCUCCCCGCAGCUGCCCAGCCGGCAAACUGAGCCCCUGAAGAAGGAGGCUGCAUCUGCAGGUCCUCAGGUGAAGCGGGCAGAUGAGUGGAAAGACCCUUGGCGCCGAUCCAAGUCUCCCAAGAAGAAACUUGGGGUGUCGGUCUCCCCCAGCCGUGCACGAAGGCGUCGAAAAACAUCGGCCUCGUCAGCCUCUGCCUCCAACUCCUCCAGGUCCUCCUCACGGUCAUCCUCCUACUCCGGCUCCGGCUCGUCACGGUCCCAUUCCAGGUCUUCGUCUUACAGCUCCUACUCCAGCCGGUCUUCCAGACACAGCUCCUUCUCAGGCAGCCGCUCCAGGUCCCGCUCCUUCUCCUCAUCGCCGUCUCCAUCGCCAACACCGUCCCCCCACAGGCCCACCAUCAGAGCCAAGGGGGAGCCAGCCCCGCAGCCGGGGAAAGCGGGGGAAAAGCUGCUGAAGAAGCCCCCACCACCACCUGCCCUGCCUCCGGCCACCAAAACCACUGCCCCCAUCCCUGAGCCCGCCAAGCCCGGGGACCCUAGGGAAGCUCGGAGGAAGGAGCGGCAGGCAAGGACGCCCCCGAGGAGGCGGACGCUCAGCGGCAGCGGCAGUGGUAGCGGCAGCAGCUACAGCGGCUCAAGUUCGAGAUCCAGGUCCCUUAGCGUGAGCAGUGUCUCCUCCGUGUCCAGUGCCACGUCCAGCAGCAGCUCAGUGCCCAGCGUGGACUCGGAGGACAUGUAUGCUGACUUGGCCAGCCCUGUGUCCUCAGCCAGCUCACGGUCCCCCACCCCUGCCCAGAGCAAGAAGGAAAAAGGAAAAGCUAAAAAGGAAGAUGGUGUUAAAGAGGAAAAGCGGAAAAGGGACUCUUCCGCACAGCCCACCAAGGCCGCCAAGCCCUCCGCAGGCGCCCGGUCCUCACAGCAGCCCUCCACCCCGCAGCAGGCGCCCCCAGGCCAGCCUGCCCCGGCCACGUUCGUUGCCCACAAGGAGAUCAAGCUGACACUGCUCAACAAGGCCUCGGAUAAAGCAGGCAGGAAGCGCUACGAGCCCUUAGACAAGGACCGGCCCAGCCCCCCUCCAGCCAAGCGGGCCACCCUGUCGCCAGACCGAGCUUCCCGCGACCGGAAAUCAGGGGGCAGGCUUGGCUCCCCGAAGCCUGAGAGGCAGAGAGGACAGAACCCAAAAGCCCCCUCAACACAGCCUGACAGGAAGCGCCAGCUGUCACCACAGGCCAAGGGCUCCAGCAAGGUGACCAGCGUGCCUGGUAAGGCGGACGCCCCCGGCGCGCCCGGCCCCAAGGCAGCCAAGGCCAGCACGCUGUCACGGCGCGAGGAACUGCUAAAGCAGCUCAAGGCCGUGGAGGAUGCCAUCGCCCGCAAGCGAGCCAAGAUCCCCGGCAAGGCGUAG